UUCCGUCGACAGUUGAUGAGGAUGGGCGCAUAGCAGCAAAAAAAUAAAUCGCUAACUGUUGUCCUGUAACGUUACAUUAUUUGGAAAUGGCAGCACAUCUUAAAAAGCGAGUUUACGAGGAAUUUUCGAAAGUUGUCCAGCUUCCUCAAGAGGAAGCUCCUGCUAAGAAGCUCCGUUUGACCAAGCCCAGUAAGUCUGCAGCGCUGCACAUUGACUUAUGUAAGGCCUCCAACCCCACUGACGCCCUGCAGUACCUGCUGUCCUUUGCCCGCAGCUCAGUGGAGGCAGAGAGUGUGGAGGGGGUGGUGCGCAUACUACUGGAACACUACUAUAAGGAGCAGGAUAACUCUGUGCGUCUGAAGAUUGCCUCUGUAAUAGGCCUACUCUCUAAGACCCAGAACUUUAACCCCGAGAGUAUCCUAGAUGACACACUAAACACAUUCAACACAGAGAAGUCCCACCAGGUUUUAGCUCAGCUGCUGGACACUCUGCUGGUCAUCGGCACCCAGCUACCAGAAAGCCCUGCUGUAAGACAUAGACUCAUAGAAGUGGCCUGCAAGCACCUGUCAGACACAUAUUUCGGCGUGAGGAACAAAUGCCUGCAACUCCUGGGCUGCCUGGGCAAUGUUGACACACAUCUAAACAAAGACGGACACGGAUCAGUUCCACCUGGGAUUGUUGCUCCUGGGGGGUCUGGGGGAAUUGGUGUGAGAGACGUGCAGAGCGUCAUCAGUGACUACUUCACUGACCAGGACCCCAGGGUACGCACAGCGGCCAUCAAAGCUAUGCUGCAACUGCAUGAAAGGGGCCUGAAGAUACAACAGGCCAUAUAUGACCAGGCCUGUCGGCUGCUGUGUGAUGACUAUGAACAAGUGCGUUCUGCUGCAGUUCAAAUGGUGUGGGUCCUUAGUCAGCUGUAUCCAGAGAGUAUUGUACCCAUCCCGUCGUCAAAUGAGCAAGUCCGUCUGGUCGAUGACUCGUUUGGUAAGAUCAGUCACAUGGUCUCUGAUGGAUCCUGGGUCGUCAGGGUGCAGGCCGCCAAAACACUGGGAAACAUGUUGCAGGUCAGUCCCCAGUUUCUAGAGCAGACUCUGGACAAGAAGCUGAUGUCUGACCUCAGGAGGAAACGCACGGCUCAUGAGCGGGCCAAGGAGCUCUAUACAUCUGGUGAGUUCUCCUCAGGAAGGAAGUGGGCUGAUGAUGCUCCCAAAGAGAAGGUGGACACCUCUGCUGUCAACCUAAUAGCCUCUGGGGCCUGUGGAGCCUUCGUACAUGGACUGGAAGACGAGAUGUAUGAGGUGCGUAAUGCGGCUGUGGAUGCACUCUCUGCUCUCGCACAAUCAUCUGCCAGCUUUGCUGAGAAGUGUCUUGACUUCCUGGUUGACAUGUUUAAUGAUGAGAUUGAGGAAGUCAGGUUACAGUCAAUCCACGUUCUGCGUCAGAUCUCUACUAACAUCACCCUGAGAGAAGACCAGCUCGAUACUGUACUGGCUGUACUAGAGGACUCUUCUCGUGAUAUCAGAGAGGCGCUACAUGAGUUGAUUUGUUUCACCAAUGUGUCGACUAAAGAGUGUAUACAACUGGCCCUGCUGGAGCUGCUGAAAAACCUCACCAAGUACCCCACUGACCGCAACUCUGUCUGGAAAUGUCUGAAGUUUUUAGGUGGUCGUCAUCCUACCCUGGUGUUACCGCUGGUUCCAGAGCUUCUCAGUACUCACCCAUAUUUCCACACUCCAGAACCAGACAUGGACGACCCUGCCUAUAUUGCAGUGUUGGUGUUGGUGUUCAAUGCAGCACAGUCUUGUCCGACCAUGACUGCCCUGUUCUCAGACCACACCUUCCGACAUUACACCUACCUACGGGACAGCCUCUCUCACCUAGUCCCUCCUCUCAGGCUCCCAGGGAGGAAGCAGGCUCCAGGGGUGUGUGGAAUCGAUGGUUCAGGCAGUGUGGAGUCUGCUCAGCUGUUUCUUCAACAGAGUCUUUGUAGAGUCAGCACUAUACACAACCUACAGGACCCUGGCGCUCAGGACCUGCUCAACUUUACUAUCAGAGACCUCCAGAGACUGGGGGAGCUACAGGCAGAGCUGGCCGGGGCUGCUGACUUCUCUGCCACCUACCUCCGCUGCCAACUACUGCUCACCAAGGCCCUGCAGGAGAAGUUGUGGACUAUGGCCGUGCCUCUCUGCCUUAAACACAACGCCAUGGCAACCGCUGCUGCCAAACAGAUCCUGGAAGAGACCUACAAGCUGGAAUUCCUGUACAGUGGACUGGAGAACAGACAGGUGGCCACCAUUCACCAUGUCAGGCUACAGGCUAAAGCUCUGCAGCUAGUCCUUACGGCCCGCACCAGACGGGGGGUAGAACCUCUCAUCAGUGUCUGUGAGAAGUUCCUUCAGGAAGUGGAGUCUUUCCAGAGGUUGUUUGUUAUAGAGCUGCCCCACCUCCAGGACAGUUUUGUUGGGAAGCUGCUGGAAUUGAGUCCCAGACUAUCUGCUUGCAAGCCUGGAGAGCUGGUAAAGAUCCUUCAGACCACAUUGAGACAAAGUGGCUUCCUAAACCUUCAACUACCUGAACAGAUCCAGCGUGCCUCAGGGACCAUCAUUGAGCCAACAGGGGAGUCUGACAACCCGCUGCGUUUUACCUCUGGCCUGGUGGUGGCGCUAGACAUUGACGCGACACUGGAGCACGUACAAGACCCCCAGAACACUGUUAAAGUACAGGUGCUGUAUCCAGAUGGCCAGUCCCAUGUGAUUCAGCCUAAACCUGGAGACUUCAGGAGUCCUGGACCACACCGCCACCGCCUCAUUACACAGGUCUACUUGUCUCACUCCGCAUGGACUGAGGCGUGUCAGAUUGAGGUGAGGCUGCUGCUGGCCUACAGCUCAGCUCGUCUCUGUAAGGCAGCGUGGCGUGACGGCACCACCGAGGGUCUCCAACCAACCGACGGCACCACUGAGGGAACAAUCCCUUUCGGCAAGCCUGUCAAGGUCUUUAUCAUGCCCAAACCUGCUCGCCGAUGACACCAAUGACUCCUCUUCAAAAUAUACACCUCUUUUCUCUCACUUUUCCUGCCCUGACCUGCUAGUCCUUAGACACAAGCCUGGGAUUUGGGAAUGAGCCACUGUGUGGCUCUCCACCUCCCAAUAAUACCCUAUUUUUUUUUUCUUGGCUCUUUUUACUGCAACGGUAGACUGUUGCAAUAUUUUUCCAAAUCAAGCAGGCUUAAAAUGCCAGGAUGUCACACUUAUUUGGCCUGUUCAUAGGUACUGAGAAUAAAUGGUCAGUGAAUGUUCAUAAUUGUAGCUGUGUUCAUUUCAAUUAACCCUGUAAAGCCUGGCACAUCAAAUAGUAGCCUGAAAAUGCUAAUAUUUUAAAUGUAAGUGUUUAAUGGACCCUUUGAGAAAAUAUCACAAUUUUUUAAUAUAAUGUACAUAUAUGCUAAUUUUUAGGUAUCAUAUUUGAUUCAUCAGGCAUUUAUGGCAAUUUAUUGAUCACUACAAUUUUUAUUUUAGAAAACCGAAUAGACUUUGUUUAUUGCAUUUGGAUCAUUUCAGUUGGUUUGGAACUUUUUUUACUACUGGAACCAUUUUUCACCUUCUUAUUUUGCUGUGGGGGGGGGGGGGUCCUGUUCUAGAGAGGAUAGUGGUCUACUCUACUUCUGCACUAGUCUGGUCGACACUUUCAUCUCAAAAUUCUUACUCAUCCCUACUAUCUGAGCUUCCCUCAGUAAGCAUGGCAUUAGGAGUCCAUUUCUCAUCAUUCUCAUCUGCCCCAUGUCACUUGAAUUGCCAUCCAUAGUCAUGCUGAUGACAUUUUGAACACUAUACUUCUUUGGCCACCUGAAAAUACAUCGCAAUGAAAUUCAGAGUAUGCAUACUCUGAAUUUGGCAAUAUAACAUACAGAUUAUGAUGGCCAAGGAGUUAUUUUUGUGAAAAUCAAUGAUAAGAAGACUUCAUCAUGAGAGUGGGUUGCAUAUAUAAAAAACACAUAUUUACAUUGGAAAUUGAGAUAUCUUCAAUAUAUCCAAAGUUUCUUUAGUUUUAUUAAAACAUCUAAAUUGUGUAUUUGGCAUUAUGGUAGGCAUAAAGCAGAUUGCAUCAUGAAAUCCAAUGCAAUGACCUUAUAUACCUGCUGUAUCAUAUUUCAUACACACAUUAUCAACACGAUUUUACUAUAAAAAAAAAAGGUACAAAAUAUUAAGUAAUUAUAAGUUGCUUCAAUACAGUAAAUAUUCAUAUUGAAAUAUUACUAACAAUAAAAUGUUAUUCUUACUGUAACCUUUUCAAAAUGAACAGGUGUGUCGCUAUAUGAAAGCAGACAUUUUUGAUCGCUCAUUCAAAAA